AAUACGCGUCCUUUUAUUGGCCCGGUUCAAUCUUGGCCGGCAACCACCGGUUCACCUAAUCCAAAAUACUCCCAAAAAUCGCCUCAAUUUCUUCUCCUUCUCUAUAAACCACACAUACACACUUUUACAAAUACCAAUACUACUAUUCAUAAUAAUAUAACCAAAAAAAUCUUUCUUUGUAUUUUGCUUUCUUCUCCAAUUCACCUCAGGUUCUUCCUAUCUUUAUCUCCUUGUAAAUAAAUAUAUUUCUGUUAAAAAAAGAAACAAUCUUGCUAGCUUAUUAGUGUAUAAUAUUGCUCACAAGUCUCAGAUUUUUAUAUUAGGAUGAGUCUUGAAUAGUUUUGUUUGUUUGAAAAGCUUUUUGGGGGGUUUCUUGUUUUGUGUAAAUACCAAUUUGGGGGUGAAUUAUUAGGCUUUUAUGAGCUGUUGACGUGAUAGUUGAUUCUUGAAUUGGCGUGUUGUGCACGAAAUUUGGGUUAUAUUGUGUAUUUAAAUGAUGGGUAUUGAGUAAAGUUUGGAUCUUUAUUGUAAAAAAAAGGGUUGCUUUCUUUGUUCCAUUUGUGCCUUGUGUGGUGAUUUGGGAAAGUUCAAAAAUUUCAAGACUGUGUUAACUAAGGUUGAUUUGAGAGGUUUUGUGUUGGAAAGUUUGAGUCUUUGAAGUUAAAGAUUUGGUGGGGGUGUAAGGUUAGUUAGUGAAAGGGAAGAUGGUUGAAUCAAUUGGUGCAACUUCACUUUUAGGGCAGGUACCUGUUUAUGGAGGUUAUUGUUGCAAAGAUGUGUCGAUUAAACGGAAGGCAAUUGAUGUAUGUCGAUUGCGUUCUGCUGAUUUUCUUGGCAGAAAGCUUGUUUGUGGUUCAAAUUUACGGGUGCUAAGAGCUGAUUGUGUAAGGAUUUGCCCAGUAAGAGGCCAGGCGAUGGAAUUGGCGAAAGAGGCAUAUUCAUAUAGGGAGGAGGAUAGAAUAUCUAAAGAUUUCCGGUUUAGGAUUGAGACUGAUGUGAAGAUAAAUCUAGAGAAAUGGCCACCAAAAAAUAAGGCUGACAAUCCAGCUCUUCAUAAUCCAUUGCUUAGACAAGAAAGGAUGGGUUGUGGAUGGUUAGCAGCUAUAUUUGAAUGGGAAGGUGUGUUAACCGAAGACAAUCCGGAUCUUGAGAAGCAAGCAUGGUUAGCUCUGUCUCAAGAAGAAGGAAAAUCACCUCCUCCAGGUUUCAUUUUGAAGAGAAUUGAAGGAAUGAAGAAUGAGCAAGCGAUAUCAGAAGUUCUUUGCUGGUCAAGAGAUCCUGUUCAGGUGAAGAGAAUGGCUACCCGGAAGGAGGAGAUUUAUCAAGGGUUGCAGGGGGGACUUUAUAGCUUCCGACCUGGAUCACAGGAGUUUGUCAAUACCCUGAUGCACUACAAGGUGCCAAUGGCUUUAGUGUCUACACGCCCGAGAAAAUAUGUCGAGAAUGCAAUUGGUACCAUUGGCUUUGAAGGGAUUUUUAGUGUUAUUGUAGCUGCAGAGGAUGUUCACAGAGGGAAACCUGAUCCCGAUAUGUUUGUCUAUGCAUCACAGCUUCUACAAUAUAUACCGGAGAGGUGUAUUGUGUUCGGGAACUCAAAUCAAACUGUGGAGGCUGCACAUGAUGCUCAGAUGAAGUGUAUUGCUGUUGCCAGCAAACAUCCAGUGUAUGAGCUUGGUGCUGCUGACUUGGUUGUUAGGCACCUUGAUGAGCUCUCGAUCCAUGACCUAAAGAACCUUGCUGCUGUUGAGUUGACUGAAUUUGGAUCCCCUGAGCCAGAGUUGGAGAUGGAAGAAGAGGAUGAUCCCGAUCGUUCCUCUGGAGUGGCUGUGGAUGAUGGUUUCUGGUAACAUAUCUCCCCAAUGUACAGUAGUUACGCUUAAUAUUAUUCAAAUAGGAUAUAGAAAAAUGUAAACUAAACUGCAGGGCAAGAGGUGUAUCAAAAAGGUGGUCUACAUUGGGCCUGCCAUUUAUGUGACUUUGAUGAUAUUUGUAUUAUAUUUAUAUCUUCUGACGGUCGCUA